AUGGACCCCACAACGCAUUUGCAGCCGCGGUCUCCUGCCGUCGCCAUACAGAAGAACAUCCACGUCCUCGUGGGGGUAACCGGAAGCGUGGCUGCCUUGAAAUUGCCUCUUGUCGUAACAGAGCUUCUGAAGAUACCUGGAGUGGAAGUGCAGGUGGUGACGACGGAGAGGGCAAAACACUUCUACAACCCCCAGGAGCUUCCGGUGACCCUCUUCGGCGACGCAGACGAAUGGCAGCUGUGGAAAGGGCGCUCGGAUCCCGUCCUGCACAUCGACCUGAGGCGCUGGGCGGACCUCAUGUUGGUGGCGCCUCUGGACGCCAACACCCUGGCCAAGAUCGCUGGCGGCAUCUGCGACAAUUUGCUGACCUGCAUCAUCCGCGCCUGGGAUCUCAGCAAGCCGCUUCUCUUCUGUCCCGCCAUGAAUACGGCCAUGUGGGAGCACCCGAUCACAGCUCGGCAGAUAGAGCAGAUGAAGAGCUUCGGGUACGUGGAGAUCCCUUGCAUCGUGAAGAAGCUGGUCUGUGGAGAUGAAGGUCGCGGCGCCAUGGCUGAAGUACCGACCAUCGUGGAGAAAGUGAAGACGGUCCUAGCGGAACGGGGCUUGACGGCACAGAACUGA